UGUGUCUCUUCCAUUUGCAUCUUUCUGACUUUCUUCGUCAUUCGUUGAAUCAGAUCAUCUUCUGAAAAUCUUUGUGUCUGAGAAACACACGCAUACUUUCCAAUCCCAGAAUCCAUCAUCUUAACCCAUCCCCCUCCUCUACCGGCCCCAACUCGACCGGCUGUCACCUGUUCGUCCGGAAGAUACCAGCAGAUAUCCGAGACAUUUUCAGCCCUCUCCUGUUCUCACGCGCUACUUCCCGCAAGAGCUUUCCACCGCAGCCGUUGCAAGCUCAGUAUCACUCGCUUGCUCCUGGCGCUGACAUCCAUUGUUCGAUCGGAAUUGCAGAAAGAAAGCCGAGGGCGAAAGAGCUGGAGCAUCAUUUUCCUUGAGUCGGUCGUUCGUGGAAGGCGGGAAGAUGCUGCACUACUAAAAGGUCGCAAAGAACGGCAAGAGAAGGAACCUUCGAUUCGUCCAUGACCAUGUAUGGUCAAAAUGAAAUCGUCCAGUCAAUGCCGGAGCCGAAGAGAAGAAGGGCACGUCCGUCCAGUCCAUCUGGAAGACCUCACCUACGACUAUCGAGCAGUCUGCCCACCAUCGUCCUCCUCCUCUCGUUCUUGUCGAUAUCAUUGACAGAAGCGGCCUUUGUUGAAUUUCACAAUUGUUUGGAUAAGAGUAUAGUCAAUUCGAGCCCGCGACUUCUUCAAUUCGAUCCACUUAACGUCUCGGCCAUAUUCAACACCAGUUCGGGCCUGCACAAUCUUAAUGUCACAAUCUAUGGCAAUGUCUCCGGUAGGGCGACAGCUCAGCCUUAUCCUGCCCCGGACGAUCCGUCAUGGAGCAAUCCAAAUGAUACCUUUGGCAAGAUUCCUGAUGUGAGCGAGUCCAACAACAAAUAUACCACUCUCUUUACUCGUUUCAACUUGCUCAGUUAUACUCCAUGGGAAGAUCAGCCUAGAAGGUUCUGUACCUCUGUGAUCAACGGAGAUUGUCCCCUGGCUCCCGCAUUCUACGCCAAUUCUAGCGAUCUUGAUGAAUUACCCGCGUUUUCUGUUGCGCAUAAUAUGGAGUCAAGCUACUCUUUCACCUCGAUUGAAGCGACCCUCCGCGUACAAUCGGGAGACGCCAACGGCCAAUAUUACAGUUGUAUCGCUGCGACAAUAACUCCAGACCUCGGAGGCUAUCUCAAAGGGAUCUUGAGAUACCUGCCUCUCGCAGUUCUCAUCGUUGUUGGCAUUGCAACUAUUGCAGCAGCUAUCCUGAGUCCAUGGGGAUCGGCUGAUCUCUUCAAUUGGAGCAGUAACUUCGGUCGCGAUGAAGAUUUACUUCGUUUGAUUACUCCUGGGUUUGGAGACUGCUUGCAAUACAUCCAAUUUGUGGUUCUCACAGGGAGUUUGAGCCUCAACUAUCCUGGCUUUUACCAGCCAGCAGUGAGCCGAGUCAGCUGGUCAGCGCUCAUGUUCAAUGAGAGUUUUGUUAGCGGAGGAAAUGGCACCAAGAGCCUCGUCGAUGGCGUCUACGAGUAUCGACCUGGAACAAAGUACGGACUCGACCGCAUGAGCCAACUGGUUGGCAUGUCCUCCGACAGGGACAUAUGGGCCGAUAUGAUCGUCUGGUUGGUGGUCAUUGUUGCUGCUGCGACAAUCCUGACUCAGCUGGGUUUUGCCGCACGCUGGGUAUAUCGGCAGAUCGCCAAUGAACCAGCAGAGGACUUGAGAUCCAAGAAUGGCCCGUUCACCAUUGGCAACGUCAUUCGCAUCGCCUUAAACUACUUCAUCCUCCCAUGGAUUGCUUUGUCAUUCUACCAACUUCUGAUAGCCUCCCGUGGUCCUGCUUAUUCGGUCGCACUCGCAGCAGUUUCAUUGGUGGUGGUUGUUCUCUUCGCCGUCCGGCUUAUGCUUCUUUUCGCCCAAACGAGACCACGAUCUUUCCUUUUCGAUGACCUCCUGACGGUGCUUGCCUACGGUCCUCUGUACAACACAUAUUGCGACGACGCUGCCACAUUCGCCAUGAUCCCGCUGCUGGUGAACUUCUUACGGGGCAUCGCGAUCGGUGCUGUCCAGCCUUCUGGAGUGGCACAAGUGGUACUCUUGGCCAUAUCUGAGAUUGUUCUCAUCUUGACAAUCAAUGCCUUCAGACCUUUCCCAUCCGCCACUUCGAUGAAUAUCUACCACACCUGUUUUGCUGUAAUACGACUCAUUACGAUUCUACUAUCUAUCGCCUUUGUACCUUCGCUUGGCGUUGGAGUUUCAACUCGAGGAUGGAUUGGAUAUGCUAUCCUAAUAAUUCAUGCCUGCACCCUUGUUUUUGGUUUCUUCCUCAAUGCUGUACAGACAUUGAUUGAAGUCAUUGCUCGAAUCGCCGGUGCUGGCGGCCGCGAUCAUGACACAGGUGCUGUUCCCCGAGGUGGCCUCAACAAAGUGUUUGGCAUGCGACAGUUGUCCCGACGACUCCCACGAAGGGAUGCAAACUCACGCCAUAGUAUGGCUUCCAAUGCUGCCAUACUUAAUUCUAUGGAAAAUGAACAGAAGCAAUUACAGAUGGCAAAGACGAGAUCUCGCAGUGUCUCGGCAGCGUCUGGUGCAUUGCUGGACAGCGGGAGAAGCUCUCACAGACUGAGUUCAAAUAUUGAUGGACGAGCGUUGGGCCAAGCGACACCUGAUCGAUCUAGCAAAGCCUCAAGACGUCUUACCAACAGACUCAGCGGUACUGCUUCGCUGGGUGGAAUUGUCGGACUUCACCACAAAACCGAAACCAAGGACCCAUAUUAUCGGCCUCCUCGUCGAAAUACUAUAGACCCACUUGCUGGAAAUGACGCUUGUGCAAUCGCUACUGUUGCAGGCGAAGGUUCAAAAGAUGUGAAGCCGGAUGAACGAGCACUCGACGAUGACGCUGGUGAAGGUGCAUCUACACCUUUGCGACAAGAUGAUGAACCCUACGAAGAUGUUGCCAUCGAUACGCCACGGUCAAAGACCGACUAUGCUGUCCGAGAAGUGGACUUCUAUUACGGUGUCCGUGGCGCUGCACUGUCUAGUGGAACACGAAAACUGAAGACUGGUCCGGCCGAUCCUACGGGACCAGUCUCGACAGCCAGAGGCUGGUUCAAGGGGUUACUUGGCGGCAAGACCAAGGAGAAAACCAAAGGGUUCGAGGUCGUGCGCAGUGCUCGUGCUCCUCCACCAGGCCUCUUUCCUCAUGUUUCUGAACCCGAAGCUCAUCCGGUCGAACCAUAUCACGAUGAGCAGCAGAAUGUUGCAGACAGUCGACCUGACCGCGUCAGUUCGAGAAUCGCAUCGCCGCCACCACAACGACAGAGUCUUUAUGAUGAUGAUGAUGAGUCAGUCGUUGAGUCCGACGAGGAAGAGGAGCCGAUUCCACGUGUCGCAGCACAACCUCCUUCCCUCCCUCUAGUCGAGUCAGUGGGAGGGAUUGAGCUGCCAAGUCGAAUCGGGUCUGAAGUAUCACGAAAGUCUCGCAAUAGACCUCCACCAACGGAUAUUCCAGACGUUCCUGCUGUACCAGCUCUACCGCGAAAGAGCUCUCGGCGACAAUCCGGCUCAGACACGGGAUCGCGGACAAGAAUGCCUCCAUCGUUUCCUCCAACAAAAUACCCGGAUCACAAAGGCUACGGCCAGAACCUCAGUGCGAGUCGCAUACCAUUUUCGAAUACUCAACCGUCAGCUGCACGCAACAAGCGAUAUUCGACCGGAGCAGAGUCCACGACAUCGAGUAUCACGCGCGAACCAGAUGAGAAUGUGCCUGCUCCGGCAUCCUAUAUCACUCAGCUUCGACACUCUGCAUCGGCAUUGGGCCCUGCACAUGGAGCCGACAUUCGCAAUGAUCGGCCGUCAACAAUGGGCUUUGUCCAGCAACACCGAGCGAGCGAUCAUAUUCACUAUAACCCGAAUUCACCAGAGUUCCAGGGUAGUACGGCCGAGGUACAUGGACGGCCGCGCCAUUGAACAUGAUCAUUUGGUACAUGACGAUUUUUUCAAUUAUAGGAGGACAGAGCAACAGCCAUUCGACCACAUGAAUUGAAUUGUGGUCUGUCAGAUAUAUACAACAGCGCGGCGUCCAGGUUUGUCAUCUUUUAUGUCACCUAUCUAUCUAUGUAAUUUGACGACUGGGCUUCUUUUUGAUCUGAUACCAUGGUACUGGUACAAAAGUCGGAUUUCACGCUUAUCACGGUCGGAGAAGGAAGAAGGAUCAAGUACAGUAUAUUCUAAUUAUAUAUACACAUGGCACUUUUGUCCUCA